UUACGUGUACAUUGCAAAGUUCAAACCAAGCCCCACCAAUAGAUAUAUAAUAGCCCUGGCAAUAUUUGACCUUAUCAACUGUGGCAUAUGCAUACCUCAUGAAAUAGCUGACUUGAGAUAUAGAUACACAUUAGCACGAUACGGCUUGUGCAAGAUCAUGCGAGUAAUCAUGGCAUUUGUAUCGUAUGCUUCUGGAUCCAUUCUCCUAGCUGUAGCAGUGGACAGGUACAGGAAAAUUUGCCGACCUUUUCAAAGACAGGCAACAUGGUUAGAUGCUAAAGUCACAAUCGCUGUGUGUUCAGUCAUGUCUUUGAUUGUCGCCUUACCGGUUGCUGUUAUCUACGGUGUAAGAACAGUGACCACAAACAACAUCCACAUCAACGGUUCAGAUUGUUCGAUAUCAGACGACUACAGUGGGACGCCAUAUCCAAGCAUCUAUAAUGGUGCUCAGUUCUUCAUUUUCGUGGCUGCUACACUAUGCCUUCUUGUCCUCUACAGCCUAAUAUGGAGGCAGGUUGCUAGACGUAGGACAUUCUUCAACAAGAACAGAACCAGGCAGAACCCAGAGCAGCAGUUACACAAAUCUAUUGUGUCCUUUACUGUCCAGUCUCAUGCUCCUGAAAACACGUGUGCAGCGUCAGAAUCGAGCCCACCAACUGACGAACACCUUCGUCAAGGAGAGUCUGAAACAGAUGAAGGAAUGAGUUCCUCGAAAGGUACCUCUACCGGCUUGGACCCACCAGAAGAUGUCCAUGUUGCUAGCACGCUAAGUACACAUUCAUCGUCAGGAAACAACAAGAGGUCACACAAGACACUGUUUAUGUUGCUUCCUCAUCUGUGUAUAAUCGCGGCCAGACAAGCCUCUAAGGAAACGUUUGCAGGCAUUCAAGGAGCUAGGGCAGUGCUGUACAGUUUGUUCCUGAGGUCGCAUUUCAUCAAUAGUGUCGUCAAUCCGAUCAUAUACGGCUUUUGUAAUCUGUAUUUCCGACGGGAAAUUAGACUCUUGUGGAGAAAAGUUACAUGUUAUGCCACAGGUGCAUUUUCUAGAUCUUAGGCCUCAUCACUUUGAACAUCCGGGUUCGAUUCCUAUCAUGGGUACACUGUAUGAAGCCCAUUUCUGGGGUCUUCCGCUGUGAAUUACUAGAAUAUUGCUAAAAGGGGCGUAAAACAUACUCACUCUAAGUAUCCGGGGAUGCAGAAUAUUUUAUGUGUCGCAGUACACUGAAUGUACAUUA